UCAGUAACAUUUCAGACGUGUCUUGUAACGCAUAUUGUUGACGUGCUUGUUUUUGCGCAGAUUUGUAAACGCGUCAUAUCGGUAGUAUGACAGAAAGUACGAACGUGAAUUCCUUUCUCUCCGGGAUUACCAUAAAUGCGGCAAAGGAAAAGUCAGUUGGCUUAACAAAGCUUAUGAUUAACCAUGGUAAACCAAAUUUUACUGUACAACGUUAUGUAAAAUCGACAAAUUGCAGUAAAAUUGACCUUCCAAAGAAGGAGAGGAGUGCUAAAAGCGAAACUAACCUUAGAAGAAGUGCAAUGAAUGACGAUAUAGGACCUGUGAUCAACAGUUCAGAAGAGUCCAGCAAAACGACGCCAUCAUUAUCUCUCCAAGAAAAUGAGCAAAGCAGAGUUGUGCUAAGAAGAACUAAAACAAUUGAAAGAACUCUUAAAGAAAGCGACAUGGAUAAGAUUCCCGAAUUCAUUCAUCGUCAACGACGUAUUCAAGAACGCUUAGCCAGAGAGGAAUUAUUGGAUUUUGAGAACAGACGAAGUGGUUAUCAUAUCCAUUGCAUGAUAACACCUGCCUCUCCAAGCCGCCAAUCAUUUGUACCAACUAUGACUAGCCCGGCUGUAGUACCUGCCCUGGAAAUCCAUUUUGAAGAGGCGAGAAGCUUGGCUGAAGAACAGGGAGAGACAAGGAAGGUGGUGGUUUAUGGAGAAAGUAGAGAUGGUGCAACUAACAGGCAGACAGAUUAUGAUACCCGGACUACUUCAUACAAAACGAACGGUGGAGCGGGCGAACAACAAAAAGUGAUCGAAGCUAUCGUAGAAAUCAAUGAGACCAUUGAAGCUGAUGAGUUACAAUUAGUAUCCAAUAAUAAUAAUUCGCUGAAUCAAACAAAAAAAAAUAAAGAUACUAGUGGAUUUAUACGCGAAUUUGUAAUGGGACAACGCAAUGAAAUAAAGCAGUUAGUGCAAGAGAUUACCGAACAAGCUUUAGCUACUGCGAUUGACAAAGACAUUCAUUUCUAUUCUGCAUUCAUAGCAAAACGGUAAAAGCCAUCGAGAAAAAUUAUAUGAAAUGUAUCAGAUUUGUUAAAGUUUCGAAACAAAAUUUCGAGAAAAUAUUUUUUCGCGCCGAGUUUGAAAAAUUAGCUUGCUAUAUUAUAUGA